AUGUUUCGGCCACAGCUGAGGCAGAUUUCGCUGCACUGUGAACGGGCGAAAAUUGGCCUUUCUACCCCGGCUCGCCAGUUCUCCUGUACCCGUACAGUGGCCGACGAAGGUCAAGACAAGCCAUCCGACAAGCCUAAACCCAAUACCCGCCCUUCAUCGGGCAAUUUUAUGUCCUACAAGCCUCGCGAUCCCAACGCCCCCCCACCUCGCAACCCCAAUGGACCCCCAGCUCGCACCAACCAGUAUCAAUCUCGGCCUCCUCGAGUAAUUGAUGCCAGAUCUUUUGCGGCAGCACGAGCUAGCGGUGGAGAGCAGUCUAAGAUUAUCCGCAGCCCUAGAACACGCAACGUUCGUGGCGGCGAUCAACCCCAAAAUCGCAAACCCAAACCCUCCGCCAAAGGCGCCAAAGGCGCCAAAGGUGUCAAGGGUGCCAAGGGCAACCGAAAUGGCCCGCGCAGGAGCGCCAGAACUUCCGAGCACGACGAUGGCGAAGAUGCCGAAGGUGCAGCUAUCGACCAAGUUCUGGAAGAGCAAAUCAUCAAAUCCCGGCCAACCCCGAUUCGCUACGAGCCCCAGGAGAUCAAUUACUCUACUUUGAAACAGACCUGGCCUUCAAUCCCCACAGACGUGAACUCGCGCUCGGCUGCCAUCUAUGAGAAGCUUUCCAGCCUGAGCGGCCGUGUUGGCAAUGGCUAUAUCCCGCCCUAUGAGCUUGGAAGACGCAUGUGGAAGGGCCAGAACGUUCUCUUCACUAGCGAGAAUGAGAAAACUGAGGCUUUGGAAGAGAUCAAGCGAUUGUCUCAGCUUCGUGCUGAUCGAAUUUCACAGCGCAAGGGUGACCUUGUGGAGCCUCGGAAUGUCGAGUUUAGCCCAAUCGACGCAGAGACCACCAAGUCUCUCUUAGAAACAUUCGUUCAGGGUAACUACCCCGCGUCUGAAGUCGGGAAAGAUGGACAUGCCGUAUUGGGAGAGGUGUCGAAGAACCUCAGGAACAACAGUACCUACCAGACAACCGGAAAGACCGCACAGUUCAUGGCCAAGAUUGAAUCUCUUGUCUCUGCUGGCCGCAACGCUAAGACCAAGAGCACCUAA